CCCCCCCUGCCCCUCGCUGACGCCGGAGGAGAAGGGAGGGAAAGACGGAAAAAGGAGGAAAAUCCCGGCGAAAGCCUCCCCGAAAGCGGAGCCGCCGAGAAGGCGGCGGCGCCGGCUGGAAAAUGCUUCUUCUUCCUCGGAGCUGCGUCCUCCUCCUCCUCCAGGGCAGCAUCGCGCUGCUGGUGUUGUGCGCUCCAGAGGACCCCGGGAAAGGAGCGGAUCCAGGCGAGCCCCGGGCCCGCGGCAGAGCCCCGAGGCUGCGGGAGCUGCUCUCCCCAAAACCCCUCCCGGGCCUGGGCCCGGCCCUGCCGCAGAACCGGAGCCUGCCGGGGCCGGGCAGCGCCUCCCGAGAGCUCGGGGGGCUCCCGGUUCACCGGCCUGCGUUGGAGCUCGCUCCCCGGUCACAGCGGGACCCGUGGCCAGCCCCGGGCAGGCCCCUGCAGAAGCUUUUCGGCUGGGGAGACUUUUACUCCAACAUCAAGACGGUGAAGCUGAACCUGCUGAUCACGGGCAAGGUGGUGGAUCACGGCAACGGCAGCGUGAACGUCUUCUUCCAGCACAACUCCACGGGCCACGGCAACAUCUCCGUGAGCCUCGUGCCGCCCACCAAGGCCGUGCAGUUCGACCUGGAGCAGCAGAUCUUCAUGGAGGCCAAGGAGUCCAAGGUGUUCAACUGCCGCGUGGAGUCGGAGCAGGUGGCGCGGGCCAGGAAGACGUCGCUGUGCACCUUCGACCCGGCCAAGACGUGCUCGCAGGAGCACACGCAGAGCCGCGCGGCCUGGCUGUGCUCGCAGCCCUUCCGCGCCGUCUGCGUCUACGUCACCUUCUACAGCAGCGACUACCGCCUGGUGCAGAAGGUGUGUCCCGACUACAACCGCCACAGCCAGCGGCCCUACUUCCCCUCGGGGUGAGCCCCGGGAUGGAGAUUCCCGCGGUUCCUGGGGCACCGAAUCCCGGGAUUCCUGGGGCACCGAAUCCUGGGAUUCCUGGGCACCGAAUCCCGAGAUUCCGGGGCAGCGAUUCCUGAGAUUCCUGGGCCACCAUUCACGGGCAGCGAUUCCUGGGCAGCGAUUCCUGCAGUUCCCGGGGCACCA